AGAUGUUUUUAUGCUUAUACUAUAUCACUCCCAAAUUUUUGAGGACAUUUUCCCUCAAAAAUGAAGAGAAAUAGAGAAAUGAGGUUGAGUUCUUUUCUAAAGAAUCCCAAAAAAGAAGAGCAACAAUUAGUACCUGAAAAUUAUGGGAGUUUAGAAGAAAUUAAAGGGUUUUUGGGGAUCAGUAAUGUUGAAGCAAAAAUUGAAGAACAAGAAGAUCAAAUUGUGGUGAACAAUUAUGAAGAGCAUGAUUAUUUUGGGUGGGAUUUUUUGAGUUCUAGUUGGGAAAGUGAGGAAUUACUGUUCCCAAAUGAUCAAGAGAUUAAGAAUGAGAGCUUUAAUAAUUAUAGUGUUAAUAGUAUUAAUGAUGAUGUUAAUAGUCAUGUGAAAAGUGAAGGUUUUAGUAGUGAAGAUUGUGGGAGUGUUUAUGGAUUUUGGGAUGAAAAUGUUAUGGAAGAUAAAAAAGCAAGUUUGAAUCUCAACUUGAAUUAUGACGAAGUACUUGAAGCUUGGUCCAAUCGAGGUUCUCUUCGAGCUCAUCACGAUCAUCAUCAUCCUUCUUUAUCUGUUUCGAAAGAUCAUUAUAUGGGAGAGGUGCCAAAUUUAGAAGAUGAGAAAUCGAGAAGAGAAACAAGUGUGCUUCGAUACAAAGAAAAACGUCAAAGUAGACUAUUCUCUAAGAAAAUUAGAUAUGAAGUCCGCAAACUCAAUGCAGAUAAAAGACCUCGGAUUAAGGGUCGUUUUGUGAAGAGGGUAUCUGAUACAAGUAUAAUAAAAUUAUAAAGUCUACAAGAAAUUGACAUAUCUUCACCAGAAAAAGAUAUUUUAGCAUUAUUAAUAAACUUUUUUCUGCUGAUGUGUAAUUUAAUUUUGUACAAUUCUUACUUUAUGGAAAAAUCAGCACUUUUUGGGCAUAAUCUCCAAUAGAUUUUUAUUACUUCGUAUGUUUUGUGGACGGCGGACCAAACGUCCUGCAUCAAUCAUACUCUUAUAAUUUGAUUUGACCUCCAUUUUCCUAUUGCAUAUGGCAUUU